CCGGGCGGCCGGCGCGGGCUGCGGCCGUGCGGCGAGGAGUUCGCGUGCCCCGAGCUGGAGGCGCUGUUCCGCGGCUACACGCUGCGGCUGGAGCAGGCGGCCACGCUGAAGGCGCUGGCGGUGCUCAGCGGGCUGGCGGGCGCGCUGGCGCUGGCGGAGCUGCUGGGCGCGCCGGGGCCCGCGGCCGGCCUGGCCAGGGGCUCGCACCCCGCGCACUGCGUGCUCUUCCUGGCGCUGCUCGUGGUCACCAACGUGCGCUCGCUGCAGGCGCCGCAGCUGCAGCAGGUCGGCCAGCUGGCGCUGCUGUUCAGCCUCACCUUCGCGCUGCUCUGCUGCCCCUUCGCGCUCGGCGGGCCCGCGGGCACCCACGCCGGCGCGGCUUCGGGGACGGCGGCCGCCGACCACGGCGUCUGGCAGCUCCUUUUGGUCACCUUCGUGUCCUAUGCCCUGCUGCCCGUGCGCAGCCUGCUGGCCGUCGGCUUCGGGCUCGUGGUGGCCGCCUCGCACUUGCUGGUCACGGCCACCUUGGUGCCCGCCAAGCGCCCGCGUCUCUGGAGGACGCUUGGCGCCAACGCCCUACUCUUCCUCAGCGUGAACAUGUAUGGGGUGUUUGUGCGGGUCCUGGCUGAGCGCUCCCAAAGGAAAGCCUUCCUGCAGGCCCGGAAAUGCAUCGAGGACCGGCUCAGGCUGGAGGAUGAGAACGAGAAGCAGGAGCGGCUGCUUAUGAGUCUUCUGCCCCGGAAUGUUGCCAUGGAGAUGAAGGAGGACUUCCUGAAACCCCCCGAGAGGAUUUUCCACAAGAUCUACAUCCAGCGGCACGACAAUGUGAGCAUCCUCUUCGCGGACAUCGUGGGCUUCACAGGCCUGGCGUCGCAGUGCACGGCCCAGGAGCUGGUGAAACUCCUGAACGAGCUCUUCGGCAAGUUUGACGAACUGGCCACGGAGAACCACUGCCGCCGCAUCAAGAUCCUCGGGGACUGCUACUACUGUGUGUCGGGCCUCACCCAGCCCAAGACCGACCACGCCCACUGCUGUGUGGAGAUGGGGCUGGACAUGAUCGACACCAUCACGUCGGUGGCUGAGGCCACGGAGGUGGAUCUGAACAUGCGUGUGGGGCUGCACACCGGCCGGGUCCUCUGUGGGGUCCUUGGCCUGCGCAAGUGGCAGUAUGACGUGUGGUCCAAUGACGUGACGCUGGCCAAUGUCAUGGAGGCCGCCGGCCUGCCCGGGAAAGUCCACAUCACGAAGACGACCCUGGCUUGCUUGAAUGGGGACUAUGAGGUGGAGCCGGGGCACGGGCACGAGAGGAACAGUUUCCUGAAGGCUCACAACAUCGAGACCUUCUUCAUCGUGCCGUCACACCGGCGGAAGAUAUUUCCAGGGCUGAUCCUGUCUGACAUCAAGCCUGCCAAGAGGAUGAAGUUCAAGACGGUGUGUUACCUGCUGGUGCAGCUCAUGCACUGCCGGAGGAUGUUCAGGGCGGAGAUCCCCUUCUCCAACGUCAUGACCUGCGAGGACGACGACAAGCGGAGGGCGUUGAGAACCGCGUCGGAGAAACUCAGAAACCGCUCAUCCUUCUCCGCCAACGUCGUGCACACCGCGCCGGGCACGCGGGUCAACAGGUACAUCGGCCGCCUCCUGGAGGCACGCCAGAUGGAGCUGGAGAUGGCGGACCUGGACUUCUUCACCCUGAAGUACAAGCAGGCGGAGCGCGAGCGCAAGUACCACCAGCUGCAGGACGACUACUUCACCUGUGCCGUGGUGCUCGCGCUCGUCCUGGCCGCCGUGUUCGGCCUUGUCUACCUGCUCAUCAUCCCGCAGAGUGUGGUCGUCCUGCUGCUGCUGGUGUUCUGCAUCUGCUUCCUGGUGGCCUGUGUCCUGUACCUGCACGUCACCCGGGUCCAGUGUUUUCCAGGAUGCCUGACUAUCCAGAUCCGCACCGUUUUGUGUAUUUUCAUCGUGGUCCUAAUCUACUCCGUGGCCCAAGGCUGUGUGGUGGGCUGCCUGCCCUGGGCCUGGAGCUCGAGCCCCAACAGGUCCCUGGUGGUCCUGGCGCCCAGCGGCCGGAACGCCCUGCUGCCUGCCGCGCCCUGCGAGUCGGCUCCCCAUGCCCUGCUGUGCGGCCUCGUGGGCACCCUCCCGCUGGCCGUCUUCCUGCGGGUGUCCUCGCUGCCCAAGAUGAUCCUGCUGUUUGUGCUCACGGCGUCCUACAUCCUGGUCCUGGAGCUCAGCGGGUACACCCGGGCCUCGGGGGGCGGUGCGGUGUCUGGGCGCAGCUUCGAGCCGAUCGUGGCCGUCCUGCUGUUCUCCUGCACACUGGCCCUGCACGCGCGGCAGGUGGACGUCAAGCUGCGGCUGGAUUACCUGUGGGCGGCACAGGCGGAGGAGGAGAGGGACGACAUGGAGAGGGUGAAGCUGGACAACAAGCGGAUCCUCUUCAACCUCCUGCCGGCCCACGUCGCUCAGCACUUCCUCAUGUCUAACCCCCGGAACAUGGACCUGUACUACCAGUCCUACUCGCAGGUGGGCGUCAUGUUCGCCUCCAUCCCCAACUUUGACGACUUCUACAUCGAGCUGGACGGCAACAACAUGGGUGUGGAGUGCCUGCGCCUCCUGAACGAGAUCAUCGCUGACUUUGACGAGCUCAUGGACAAAGACUUUUACAAGGACCUGGAGAAGAUCAAGACCAUCGGGAGCACCUACAUGGCUGCGGUGGGGCUGGUGCCCACGACCGGGUCCAAGGCAAAGAAGUGCAUCUCCUCGCACCUCAGCACGCUGGCCGACUUCGCCAUCGAGAUGUUUGACGUCCUGGACGAAAUCAACUACCAGUCUUACAACGACUUUGUGCUCCGCGUCGGCAUCAACGUUGGCCCUGUGGUGGCCGGGGUGAUUGGGGCUCGAAGGCCACAGUAUGACAUUUGGGGAAACACGGUCAACGUGGCCAGCCGGAUGGACAGCACCGGUGUCCAGGGCAGAAUCCAGGUGACCGAGGAGGUUCACCGGCUGCUGCGAAAGGGCACCUACCGCUUCGUGUGCCGUGGGAAGGUCAGCGUCAAGGGCAAGGGUGAGAUGCUAACGUACUUCCUGGAAGGCCGGACCGAUAGAAAUGGCUCCCAGGCCAGGUCCCUGAAUGCAGAGCGGAAAAUGUGUGCUUACGGGCGACCUGGCCUCCAGACCAGACUGGGCACAGGCCCGCCCCCAAUGGCCCCCAUGGCUGGCCCCCCAGUCAGAGCUGGGCUGGGGGCUCUGCAGGGCUCGGGGCUCCCGCCGGGCCCUCACGGCCAGCACCCGCCCCCCGGAGCAGCUGGGAAGGAGGCUUAGUGGAGCCCACGCUGGCUGCUGGGGGCUCCAGCAGGGACCAGCCCGGCCCACAGAGCAGGGCCUGCAGCCGGAGGUUGGGCUGCAGAAGGGGUGCCGUCCCGGCAUGACCCGAAGCAUCUGGGCAGUGACGGGCCGGGCGAGCCCUGCCCACGUGGGUGCUGAGGCUUUAGGGGAACAGCCCCCUCGGUCCUCUCCUCGGUGGCCGAGGAGCGGCUGCCUGGGGUUGGCCAGCUCAGCGUCCAGCGUCGGGACCUUGGGAACGUCCGCCACGGCCCCAGGCUUCGGUUCAGCGGGAGCCGGGGAGCUGUGGCCGGCAGAGCGGGAGCACGUCCUGAGAAGGCCUG